UAACUAAGGAAAUCACCAGAUUUAUCAGAUAUUAUUGUGAUUUUAUAAUGUGGUAGUCAAAUAUAAACACAAAACCUACUUCACCCAAAAACUUUAUUCAGUGAUUAGCAGCAGCGUUGGUAAUUGUCCAAGUCAUAUUUCAUUCACAUUAUGUGAUAUUUGCAUAUUCCUCCGGUCUGUAUCUUUGACUGGAGACUGUAGAUGCUCCUAUUGAUGGAUCCUUCCCCAUGUUUAACCAUUGUCCCAGAGUGUGUUUUAUGGUCUCCAGUAAGGUCUGAUGGGCUCGGUGUGGACCACCCCUCACUGCGGUGCAGUAGUGAAGGAUAAAUAUAUCCCCCUUCCACCUCCUCCUCCUCCUGCUUUCGUUGAGUCCGCAACAUCCUGACUGGCCGAGGCUGGUGAUCGCAGGCAGCGGCAGCGGCAGCGGCAAGCCCCCCUCAAGACGGAUGAAUUAGACAACCUGCUGAAAACCACCGCCACCCCCUUUUUUUUUUCUUUCUUUCUUUUAUUUAUUUGAUAUAGUGAAGAGUCGGGCUGUAAACCCUGCCGCCCUCUUGAGUGUGAAGCGGAUACAAGGCUUCCAGUGUGCAGAUUCACCAUGGGGAUCAAAGCUGCCCUCCCCAGAUAUGAGCUGUAUCUCUACACAGCUGUACUCGGUGUGGCAUUGAUAUGGGCAGGCAGUUGGAUAUUUGAAGCUUCAAGCGAGAAUGUAAACAGAAAGGCCUUUAAAGAAAGUGUGAAACCAGGAUGGCAUUACUUUGGCAGGAAAAUGGAUGUUGCGGACUUCGAAUGGAUGAUGUGGUUUACUACAUUCCGCAAUCAUAUCCUUUUUGCUCUCACCGGUCACGUUAUCUUUGCCAAGAUAUUUUCCCUGCUAGUUCCAAAGAUUGGUAUAGAUGGAUGUAAGCACAGAUCCUUGAUCUUUGGUUUGUACGGUGGUUUGGCAGUCCUGAUCACGAUGGGCUGGACCUUCUUGGCUCUGGUUCUGUCUCACUGCAUCAUACUCUACAGCGUUGCCCUCGUCAAGAGCAGGUGGAUGUGCUUUGCAGCCGGCCUGGCCACGCUGGCUUCCAUCAAGCUGGAGCCCUAUAACUCCUGGCAGGAAUCUUUGGUGACCGGCUCUUUUGACCUGCAAGACAUUCUGUUCUAUGGAGGCUGCGGCUUCAGCAUCAUACGCUGUAUGAGCUUCGCAUUGGAGAACUGUGACAAGAAAGACGGCAACUUCACAUUCUCUGACCUGCUAAAAUACAACUUCUACCUCCCCUUCUUCUUCUUUGGACCUAUCAUGACUUUCGACAGGUAUCAUGUCCAGGCAAACAACACCCAGCUGACCCGCAAGGAAAGGGAGAUGUGGAACAUCACUACGAAGGCCUUGUUGCAUCUGGGAGUUAUUCUGAUAGUGGAUGUCUUCUUCCACUACCUCUACAUCUUGACAAUCCCCAGUGACAUGAAGCUGGUCACCAAGCUUUCUGACUGGUGUCUGGCUGGUCUGGCUUAUUCCAACCUGGUGUAUGACUGGGUAAAAGCAGCCAUGAUGUUCGGUGUCAUCAACACUGUGGCUACACUGGACCACCUGGACCCGCCUCAGCCUCCCAAGUGUAUCACCAUGCUCUACGUCUUCGCUGAGACGCACUUUGACAGAGGCAUCAAUGACUGGCUGUGCAGGUAUGUCUAUGACUAUAUUGGUGGCGAUCACGAUAAAAUUUUCAAGGAGCUCCUGGCAACCUUCUGCACUUUUGCUAUCACCACCUUGUGGCUGGGUCCAUGUGAGCUGGUUUAUAUCUGGUCCUUCUUCAACUGCUUCGGCCUCAACUUUGAGCUGUGGGUGGCCAAGUUCUUCUCCCUUCCACCAUUUUCUACCAUAGAGGGUGCAAUGGGUGAAGCCAUGUCACGCAGAAUCCGGGGUGUGUUCAAUGCUGCCAACUUCUGGGCCAUUGUCCUCUACAACAUUCUCUCCCUGAACAAUUUGGAGUUUGCCAAACUGGUGGGAAGACGACUGAUUGUCAAAGGUUUUCCUAUGUCCACCCUCUCAGUGUUACUUGUGACUUACUGUGGUGUGCAGCUGAUCAAAGAAAGGGAGAGACGUCAAGCUCUGCUGGACGAUCCGGAGCCUGUGAAGGCAGUAGAUGGUGGCAAAGAAAAAGCAGAAUAAAACAGGAAGGACGGGAAAACUGACUUUCACAGACUUCAUGGUCAACGGCCCCCCUCACAUUGUUCCGUCCUCAGCCUUGUGAACUGCAAUGAAACCAGACCGCAACAGCCAGUCACCACUUAUAAUGUUCACAGGCCUCCACAAGUUUUUGCUUGUGUUUGUCAGAAUCGAGGCAAUUUUUUUGAACUGUGAAAUGUCCUCAGGUGCACUUGCUGUAGAUAAUCGCCACAUCCUUUGGCACAAACCCACCAAUGGUGCAUUUUGUAUUUUAUCUGAACAAAAGAUUGUUUGGCAAAUGAUAGGCUUGCCAAAUAUUUAUUAGCUAUAACUAAUAGUAUAUAUAAGGACAUGCAGUAUUGUAAUGGAACAACUACUUUUCUUUCUGUGGUUGUCUCCUGUGUUCAUAUUUAAUUUCCCUCAGAUUUGGACAUAUCAAAUUAUAUCUAUAUUUUUAGUCAGAUCUUAAGUUUGCCUUAGACGCCUUAGUUCCUAAUCAUCACAAUGUUUAACCACACUGAAAGGGUUAAAAACUUGAAAUCGGGGUGCAAUAGAUGGAGUGCAAUGGAGAAAAAUAAACAAAAGGUUCUGUGGGCAGAUUGCAGCAGAUUGUAAUGUAUAUUUGCUCUACUGUCACUAAGCAAAAAUACACAAUGUAUAGGAUAGCCUAUAUUAAUGUUUACUGAGAAUGUAUUAGACCUCUGAAAAUGUUGAAUGACUGAAUGUAGUUCAACCAUCCAGAGUUAGCUUUACUCUGCCAACAUGUCAUCUACAUGACCUUUUGGGCAUAUCUUCCCUCCGCCCUCUUUCACAUGAUCCAGGCCCUCACUUCACUAUGAAAGGCAAUAGGCCUGGCAGUGAGUGAACGUGGGUCAGUCUUAUCCUGCCUGUCACCAAAACCUGCUGUCUGUCUUCAGUGCAGGAGACAUUGAGAGUUUAUGCAGAUUGUAAUGCCUUUUCUCCUUGAAGGGUUUUCAAACGUUUGACUUGAAAUAAAGUUUUGUUUCAUCAAAAAGUGA